UGCAGGAUCAGAGGGGUUUCAGUCUGUGACCGUGGAGACUCAGCAAUGGAUAUGAGCUACCUGAACUUCUUCUGCUGCCUCCAGAUAAUGGCGGGGGUCCUCCCCGUUCUCAGUGCGCUCUCCUUUUUUAAAGGUGAGGUGUGCUAUGACAGGCUGGGCUGCUUCACAAACAAAAACCCAUGGUCUGGAACUCAUCAGAGGCUGAUAAGCCGCUUACCCUGGGCCCCGCAGAAGAUUAAUACUCGGUUCCUGCUCUACACCAGGAACAAUCUGAACAAGCCUCAGGUUGUCACCGCCGCCAAUCACAGCACAAUCGCCACCUCCAAUUUUCAGACACAUCUAAAAUCUCACUUCAUUAUCCACGGAUUUAUUAACAGCGGGAAGGACAGCUGGCUGGUGAACAUGUGCCAGGCCAUGUUACAGGUGGAGGACGUGAACUGUUUCUGCACUGACUGGAGCGGAGGAUCUCAGACACUUUACACUCAGGCCGCCAAUAACAUCCGAGUUGUGGGGGCAGAAGUCGCCUAUUUGGUUAACACUCUUCUGGAAGCAUUUAAAUACCCCCUGUCUAAAGUCCACAUCAUUGGGCACAGUCUGGGGGCACAUGCUGCUGGUGAGGCUGGAAAGAGACGACCGGGAAUUGGAAGGAUAACUGGGCUGGAUCCUGCUGAGCCGUACUUUCAGAACACCCCACCUGAGGUCAGACUGGAUCCUUCUGAUGCUAUUCUUGUGGAUGCUAUUCACACAGAUACAACGUCAACUAUACUCAAUCUAGGUACCGGUGGGUAUGGGAUGAGUCAGACGGUCGGUCAUCUGGAUUUCUUUCCAAAUGGAGGGAGACAAAUGCCAGGAUGUAAGAAGAAUCAAGUCAUUAGCCAUGUGAACAUUGAUGGCAUCACACACGUAAUCAAUGAACUCGUCUGCUGCAAUCACAUGAGGAGCUACCAGUACUACACCGAGAGCAUCCGCAGCCCCGACGGCUUUAUUGGAUUCCCCAGCUCUUCCUACGAUGAAUUUUUGGGAGGUGCAGGAUUCCCGUGCCCCAGCGGUGGCUGCCAUGGAUGGGACACUACGCCCGAUCAAUACAGAGGAAUUACAUCCAACACUCAGACAUUUUACCUGAACACAGGAGAUAGGAAGAGCUUCUCCCUUCUGGGUGACCAGGGUGGUGGGCACAGUGACCAGUGA